AUGAGGGAUUUUCUGAGCAAUGAGGAGCUUUUCUUAAAAAAGGGUUACCUCUCCGAAGCUGGAGCUUCACUGAUCGAUCGUCGAUUGGGUUUGAACAUUGUGCCCACAACGGGAAUCGUCGAACUGGCCGCCCCGACUUUCUUCUAUGGAAGACUUGACCGAGCGAAAGCGAGGACAAAAGAAAGAAUUCGAUCAAGAUAUCCAGACAUUGGGAGAAGAUUUCAUCGAAUUGGAUUGCCACCGAAGACGGGCAGCUUUCAACUCUUUGUCACCGGAUAUCAGGAUGCGUGUCAUUGGCUGAAAAUGUGGGAACAAUUUCCCGAACAAGCCCCACCGCCGGUCACCCAGCGCGAGUUUCAACUCCAAUUCGAGAAGAUGGUCGUCCUUGACUAUAUCAUUCGGAAUACAGAUCGUGGAAACGACAAUUGGUUGAUCAAAUACGAGCAAGCCGAAGUCGUCGAUCUGCCAGAUGUAAAAUCCCUCGAAAAUGAGGAUAUCGCUGUGCCAAUGGAUCCAGAAAUCAAUAAACCAAGCGAGUCGCCAAAUCCGCCAAAUGAUCAAUUGAUCGACUUGGGCGAGAGCUCGUCAAGCAGCAUUCCCACGGAGCCGAUUCCAGGAAAUGAAGUACUAACCGAGAAACGAGCUGAGGACUCUCGUCCACAACCGGCCGAAGUCGAAUGGGCUGAUGUUACAGUGCCAAAGGUAAAGCUCGCUGCUAUCGAUAACGGCUUGGCUUUCCCAUUCAAACAUCCGGACGAGUGGAGAGCUUAUCCAUUCGGCUGGGCAUUCCUCCCCUGUGCUCGUCAGACUUUCUCUCAAGAAAUCGUCGAUUUAAUCCUCCCACAAUUGGACGAUAUCGACUUUGUGAGAUCGCUUGGAGAGGAACUUAAACUAUUGUUUAAAAAAGAUAAAGGAUUCGAUAAGAGGAAUUUCGAGAAGCAGCUGAGCGUGAUGCGCGGUCAAAUUUUCAAUCUCCGAGAAGCGCUCCGAACUGCAAAAAGUCCUUUCCAACUUGUGAUGAUGCCCGCUCAAUACAUGGUCGAGGUGAAGUUGAAGAAGAAAAAGAAGAGGCAGUUGCUCAAAACGAGACGGCAAAUGCCCUCGGAUUACGAGACCGAUACCACCGUUCUCCCAGCCGGUCCAUCUCGUGGCACAUCUUCAGCUCCAUCAAUGCUGGACACAGCCGCAACAAGCGAAGUCGAAUCACCCGAUCAUCCGCAACAGCAAAAAUCCUGGAAUGACACAUAUCAGCAAAAAGUUCAAACGAGAAACCCAUUCUUCCGCUGGUGG